ACACAAGUAGAACUGGCAAGUGCUGCACAUUCAUUGACAUAGCUAGGAAUUGAACCUGUCCAUGGACCAGGAUGGCAUUGCCAUUAACAACAGCAUACCCAUAUAUACAUCUUGGGGAAUCAAACUGAUAAUGGGAACUUCCAUAAUUUACACCACAUCAUCACUGAAAAUAGAGCAACAUUUCAUUCCUUGUGAGUACUGCUUUUCUCCCACAAUCUGAGCUGCUAAGGCACGACUUUUUACCACAAAGUUCCCGCACCCUGUACCGUCUCAAAGAGUUUCAGUUCAAACUAAAGCCCACUUAAGCCCUGGGAAUCCUAUUUAAUGGGACCGUAGGCAGUUUCUCUGUUAAAGUCCUGACAAUGCAGUGAUUCUUUGAGCCAGAAAGAAGUAUGCCCGCCUCAGGUGCCUUGGGUUAGGGAAGCCAUUUUUUUUUUCCCUUUAAUGCCUUUGAGGGCCGCCCAUGUUCACAUAUGGAAACAGCUUAACGAUUAAAAACUGCAAGGGCUGGCACUCUGAACAUUUAUAAGGCAAAGAUUAUGAUACUAUCAAGUGGUAAGUGAGGGUGGGGAGUUGGUUUGCAAGAUGAAACCACUAUUGCUAACAAACACAGAUGCACUUUGAAUCACAUCAACCAAACAAGAGGCGCCGGUAGACAUGGGAGGACUUUUGCUCUGGCUGGAAAUUUGUUGUGCACAUGUAGAAUAACCUUUUUUUUUUUUGCAACUCAUUUUAUGGUUAGUGUUCAAGUUCUUCAUUUUAACUUUUUUUUUUUUCUUUUUUUUUUGCUGUGACUUAAGUAAAGCCUGUCGACUCAACUCUCCCCCCCCAAACCAAUCAUAACGGGAGCCACAGAAAUAGAGGAGGCCUAGUGACAUCACGUUUCACGUGACACUGCCUUCUCCACUCACAGAGUGACUAACUGAAGUCCUUUCAGCUGUACUGCAAAGUUUGAGUUAACACUUUAGUCAGGCCUCACACACAACCACAGAACCACAAGCGUGGUGCAACCUACAUUUUAGAUGAGCACCUGAACCUCAACGUACAAUUUUUUUUUUAUCAAGUUGCCACCCGGCAAGCAUUCCAGCCAGCUUGGUGUAACAUUCUUCACGAGUGGCGCAAACCACAAACAACUGAAGCAUCUCCUUGCUCCAACAAAGCCAUGGCUUCCAAUAGCAUAUUCGACAACUUUACUAACUAUUCAAGCUUCCUGCGCGACCCGACCACCAGCAGAAGGUUCACACCACCUUCGACGUCGUUCCCUUGCAGCAAGAUGGGAGAAAGCAGCGGGCCGCUAGGUGCCCCCGGCCCGGGGAGGACGCGGCCAGAAACGCGCACCGUGGUGGAAGUUCUACAAGAUCACGCCGGAGAGCUGGUCCGGACUGACAGUCCCAACUUCCUGUGUUCAGUUUUGCCUUCGCACUGGAGAUGCAACAAAACACUCCCGGUCGCAUUUAAGGUAGUUAGCUUGGGAGAUGUCCCAGAUGGCACUCUGGUCACAGUGAUGGCUGGAAACGACGAGAAUUACUCUGCAGAGCUGAGAAAUGCAUCUGCCGUCAUGAAAAACCAGUGCGCCCGUUUCAACGACCUCCGAUUUGUGGGACGAAGUGGCAGAGGAAAAAGCUUCACACUCACCAUCACAGUAUUCACAAGCCCACCCCAAGUGGCAACCUAUCACAGAGCCAUAAAGGUGACUGUGGAUGGACCAAGAGAGCCCAGACGACACAGGCAGAAACUUGAAGACCCACAGAAGCCAACCCUGUUUUCUGAGAGGCUCAGUGACUUGGAGAGGUUUCAGCGCACAGCUAUGCGAGUUGGACCAACUACUCCCAACCCCAGGCCAUCUCUUGGCACGACGAGCCAUUUCAGUUCGUCGCCACAGACACAGAUAUCAGCUCUAUGGCCUGAACAGAUUGACACCACUCCCAGCUUACCUAUAAAAGCCUGCAAGGUGGAGGAUGAUCUGAGGUGGACAGCUGGAACCUCUGAACUCUUUUCAAACAGUCGCCAGUUUGAUCGCCAGUUCUCUGCCCUUUCUCCCUUGGCUGAUCCUCGAUUCACUGAUCCACGGAUGCAUUACCCAGGAGCCUUCACCUACUCGCCGAGCCCCUCCAGCUCUGGCAUUGGGGGCAUUAGCAUGACAGGCAUGGCUGCCACAUCUCGCUAUCACUACUUACCUCCUCCUUAUCCUGGAUCAGCCCAAAACCAAAGUGGACACUUUCAGACCAACUCAUCCCCCUAUCACCUCUACUACGGCACUGGAUCCGGAUCAUACCAGUUCUCGAUGGUCACUCCUGGAGGAGAACGCUCACCCACCAGAAUGCUGUCCUCCUGCACCAGUGGGACAACUGGAAACAACUUAAUGAAUCCAAGUCUGAGCAGCCAGAACGAUGGCGUAGAAGCAGAUGGAAGCCAUAGCAAUUCACCUACCACCAUGUCGACACCUGGAAGAAUGGAUGAGUCAGUCUGGAGACCAUACUAACAGAAAUGUCAAUCCUAAAAAACAAAAGGACAAGAACUAAGCUGAAAACCCAAAGAGCUUAUUGCAUGUGACAGCACCAUUUUUCAUUUGCGUGCCUACCGGAGUUAUUCAGGUACAAGCAAAGCUGUUACUUUUAGUUUCUAAAGAGACAAUUGAAGAAAUCUCAUAGAGAUAUCAUUUGAGAAGCUUACUGCCAGGCUCUGUUGACAACUCUGAAUCGCAGAGUUCACACUUGGGCUGCUUGGACUGCCCAGAAUUUUACUUGGGCUAAACAUGAAAGAAAGAAGUCAACAGAAAUUUGCUGAUCUUUUACCAAAGAUGUGCAUAGGGAUGGACUUGUACAGAUGUAGCUUUUUUAAAAUGAUAAAUCUGCAUGCUGUUCUAUUAAAUGCUUGUUAUUUUUGAAUUAAGGUUAACUGGAUAACAUAAAUCAUCUCACCCUUUGCUUUCUCCUAGUGUCCUAGCAUUCAGUUUAGUGCUGAAAGUCCAUUUGCUGUUCUGCAGGGAUUUUGAGUAUUACUAGCCUCUAGAAGUAAAUUCAUUCACAGAUGAAACAGAGGCGUCUAGCAGCAAAUAGGCAAUGCAGUCGUUUUAGCCUCGGCCAUCCCAUAGUUGUGGAAAGUCCCAGAAACACUUUCACAAAGAAAGUGGCUGCAGUUGGAUUUCUGUCACACUGUAGCAAGUCUUUCAGCACUCUUACUUUGUAAUGCACUUUAAGAAUGUGCUGAAAGGGAAAAAAGGCACUAUAUAUCAAAAAGCAUGACUGAGUAAUUUCAGCACUUUCUAUAUGCAGCAGAAUCAUUUGCGAGCCCCGAAUCCCCCCCCCCCCCCCCCCAGAUUUAGAAAGGAAAACAUCGAAAAAAUUGCAAAAAGGAGCACAUGUGGGAGCCCCAUUUGUUAAACUGUUAUUGUAGCAAGUGACGCACGCCUUCUUCUGUGCUAUUUUCACACUUUUUGAAUUGUCUCAAACUCGUAUUUCUGUUUUAAUUAAUUGUGCCGAUACAUAUCUUAUAUAUAUGUAUACACUGUAAGUACAAAAAUAAAAAAGAGAGACAACAACUUUGAUCUCAGAAAGCCUGCCUGUUGAUGCAGGAUCACAGAAAUCUUUAGUUCUAGUUCAUUUUCACAGUUUAAUUGAGACAAAUAAGAAGCAGCAUGCACUUAAACCGAGUUUUGUUUUAAAUCUAUGGCCAAAAGGUAGGGUUCCUCCAUGAUAUUAAUGUAUUUCUAUUUGCUUUCGCUAAAGCUAAGUUAGAUGUUUGUGGUGAAGCUUGGAAAGAAACACCACCACAGUCUUCUAAAUUAGAAACUCCUACAGUUGGUAAAACCAAAGAAAUUCUUUCAAGGGCUGCUGAUGAAGACUUUGCCAGUAAUUCUGCUGGUAAUUCUUAAGCACCUAGAGCAUAAUAAUGUAUUAUUAUGUGGUGUACUGUUACACACUAACCCAAAGUAUAAUUUAUUAUAUGUUUUGUACAAAAAAGGCCCUUUUUGUUACCAAAGAAAGUGUCUUGCUUUGCACUAUAAUUUGCUGGAGGUUUCUUCUAAGCACAUGUUCAUGAAAGAGAUUUUUCUGACAUGGUAAUGUUUAAAGAGUGAUUUCAUUUACUGUAGGCUUCAUCUUUCAAGCUGCUGAGUGAUUUUCCGUCCAUUCAUCUGUUUUCCACACCCGCUUUGUUUGUUACACGGCUUCGGAUGCUUGAACUAAUGGCAGCCGUUUUGUGUAGGAGCCACCCACUGAAUGGGAUAGCAGUCCAUAACUGGGCACACUCACUCAUCUUUCCACUUCCCAUGUUCUCUUUUUCCUUGACAGGAUUUCAAUUUGAUGGUACCUAUCCUAGUAAAAGCAGGGACUGAGGUAGGAAUCAACCAUGGACUGGGCACAAUUCCAUUACAUGGGACACUCCCAUAUCUAAUUUUUUUCCACUGCAGUCAUUCAGGUAUUAUCCAGGUAUCAAAGUAAGAAAAAAAAAUUUGGACAUCUGCACAAUCAUCCAUUAUUUCCAACAUGUCUCUUCUGUUAAAGCAUUGCUCAGAUCAAAAAGCUGUACUGGCCUUAUCAAGCAGCACACCAGUCCAUCACCGGGUCUGCUUCCACACACUCGUAUUGGGCACACCAUAACCAACCUAACCUGCACAAACUUGAGAAAAAGGGAGUGUGUGUGUGUGUGUUUAUGUGCGCUCCACACAAUGACCAACCUGGCCAUCAAACCCGGGUACCUGGAAGCGUGUGACAGGUGUGCUCCACACCGUGUCACCUCUGACUGAUUUUAAUACCCACAGUAUGCAGUACACCAUGCCCGAAGUAUGAGUGUGAGGUUCUCCCGAUUCACUUGCGUUAUUUCAUUUUAGCCUUGCCUUUUUUUUCUAAUUACAUUUUCAGGAUGUUAUUUAUUUAUUUAUUUGUUAUUUGGCAAAAUAUCUCUUUGUCCAAUUGUUGCGUCACAUUUUACCGCACAUCAUUGCGCUGUGGAUGCUGUGUUAUGUACACACCAGAAAACAGGCCCAUUGAUUUUUGUCUAUUUUUACCGAUGCCUUAUGUCUUUGUGAAAAAGUCACUCAUAUGUGCGGUGGAAUUGAUCAUCCAUUGUGAGGUGUAGAGUUACAUGAGAAAAAAAAUUCAAGGUGCCACCUCUGUCAGACGCUGCGCUUUAUCUUGUAGGAGCCAAACUCUUUUGAAGACUUUUUUUUUUCUUAAUUUAUUUAUUACCAGUGGAAGCUGGAGGCUAUCCACAGACAAUAAUAUAUCUGUACAGAUUAUAUAUAGAGGAUAUGGUAGCACUUAAAAUAAGGGUGUCGGGUUACACACUUUUAUAUUUUUUUUUUUUUUAUUUCGCAGGAUUUACUCAAUCUUACACUGCCAUUAAUAAAUGAUUACAAGAGUAGAUAAGUGCCACAGGAAAUAAUUGUUGCACAAGUAAAGGCCGCAGAUUGGAUUAAGUUUUGCAGUGUGUUUGUUUAUCUCCAACUAUGCAUUUGUGAGGUUUUCCACAAGACACAAGGGGUUUGGGGGGUUAAGCGGGUUGGGCGGUGGGUUUCAGGUUGCAAGGAGAGUUACAGCUGGAUGUGACCAACGAAAGGCUUUCUCAAUAAAAGUUGCACACAAGCUGAAUGAGUUCAUGAUACUAUGCUACUCCCGAUGUUGCGUUUCUUCUUAGUACAGGCGGCCAGAAUGUGCAGCCUUCCAAGUCAGUCCGCUCCCUCCAAGUCAGUCUGGGCCAUCUUAGAAAGGGGAGCCACAAAGCUGUACCAGUGCACUUUCUGUUUUAGGGUUAAUGUAGUAAGUGCAAAAAAAAAAUAAUAAUAAUUUAUCCCCACCCCAUGACAGAAAAAUGACAAUGUGAAUAGGAUUCUGUAAUGGUCAAUAUGGUUUAAAGCACAAUGGACAACCAAAAGAGAAUUUUUGCUUUUCUUGGUUCCUUCGUCUUUACUUUGGAAUUGUCUUAACUAUGCACACGGCCAUUGAAUUUAAACGCUUAUCAUGCCUGAAGUUUUGGUGUAAAUGAAAGUUUUUUUAAAUUCAUUUUGAGAUGUUUUUGUAUUUUUUUCAUAUUUUUGCUCCUGCUGUAAGACACUGCUUUGGCUUUUGUUUUUGGUUAAUGUUAGUUGUUUUUAAUUAUGAAAUUUAUGACUCACAGGCUCACAUUGUCAGGAUUUGUCUCUGAGUUAAUAAAACGUUGUUUGAGUGACCAUU